AUGGCUGAGACUCAGCGUCGUCCUCGCGUCUACUUUGACAUUCAGAUUGGCAACCAGAAGGUCGGCCGUGUUGCGCUUGAAUUGUUCAAUGAUGUCGUUCCCAAGACCGCAGAGAAUUUUCGUGCCCUUUGCACAGGAGAGAAGGGCAUGGGAAAGCAAGGAAAACCACUGAGCUACAAGGGAUCCAUUUUCCACCGUGUGAUCAAGCAGUUUAUGAUCCAGGGUGGUGACUUUACCAAUUUCAAUGGAACUGGUGGUGAAUCCAUUUACGGCGAGAAAUUCCCCGACGAGAACUUCGAGCUCAAGCACGACAGACCUUUCCUCCUCUCGAUGGCCAACUCUGGUCCCGGGACGAAUGGCAGCCAGUUUUUCAUCACCACUGUCCCGACCCCCCACCUAGACGGCAAGCACGUGGUCUUCGGUGAAGUGAUCAACGGAAAGAGUAUUGUUCGCAAGAUCGAGAACAUGCCUACCCAAGCCGACAAACCUACCGCCGACGUGACCAUCGUUGACUGCGGUGAGCUUACUGGCGACGACUACGAGAACGCCACCAAGCAGGUUGCCGACGCCACGGGAGACCCCUACGAGGACUACCCCGAUGAUCACCAGGGCGAGGAGCUCAACGCUCAGGUCUGCUUCAAGAUCGCUUCCGAGCUAAAGAACUUUGGCAACACUGCUUUCAAGAGCGGCGACCUUGCCCUUGGUCUUGACAAGUACCAGAAGGGUCUGCGCUACCUGAACGAAUUUCCUGAUCCCGAUGAGAACGAUCCCAAGGACCUCGAGCCUCAGAUGAAAUCUCUUCGCUUCACUCUUCACUCCAACUCGUCCCUACUCGCGAACAAGCUUGGUCAAUACAAGAAUGCCCAGAACUGGGCUACCUACGCCCUUGAAGUCGCCGACGCCGCCAACGCCAAGGAAGCAGAUAAAGCCAAGGCCUACUACCGCCGCGCUGUCGCCUACAGUGGCCUGAAGGAGGAAGAUGAGGCUCUGAAGGAUCUCCAGGAGGCUUUGAAGCUGGCCCCCGGUGACGCUGGCAUUCUUAACGAGAUCGCCAAGGUCAAGAAGGCGAUCAAGGACCGUGAAGCCAAGGAGAAGGCCGCCGCUCGGAAGUUCUUCUCGUAA